CUGGGUUCAUGAGAGAGAAUACGGUUACAAAAAUAAUUCAAUGGACCCUUUUCAAUCAUCAAGCAUCGAUAAUGUUCUACUUAUAAGAAGAGGGUGUCAUAUCAGAGGUUCAAUCAUCAUAUCGAGAUAUCACUUGGUAUUUUCUUGCAAGCAAGACCAGCCUACACAAAGGCCUCGUGAAAUCUGGAUAUGUUAUCCGAUGAUUGAGAGGAUCUCAAAAGCGAGAGGAAGUAUCUCGAAUCAAUCUAAAUUGGCAUACACCGAAAACCCAGAAUCAACAUUAUCUCUGGGAGUGGAUGACUUUGACAAGUAUUCCGCGUCUCACAUACGAUUGUUUUGCAGAGACUUCACUUACUAUCUGUUUGAAUUUUGUAAUGAUUCCCUUUGUUCCACAGUCUACCAGAAAAUCAGUUACCUCGUUAAUAGACCUAAACUAAGUGGAUCCAUCAAAGAGUUUUAUGCGUUCGAAUACCUGCCAAAUGCGUUGGAAUUAGAGGCAAUUAACAGUGAUUGGAUAUCGUAUGAUCCUGAGAGAGAGUACACGCGACAGAAGUUACUAGCGCAAGACAGCGUGAGCUCAUUUUGGAGGUUGAGCAAAAUCAAUGACAAAUAUCGAUUCUGUCCAUCCUAUCCCGAAAUGUUUGUUGUCCCCUCUUCGAUUUCGGAUAGUGUUAUACAGCACGCUGGAAAAUUUCGUUCCAAGCAAAGAGUGCCAGCAGUUGUUUAUAAACACAACAAAAGCGAGAAUGGAAAUGUAAUCGCGAGAUGUCUGCAACCUCUUGUGGGUCUCAACUUACAAAACAGAUCUCUCCAGGAUGAAAAAUUGAUUGAAGAGAUAUUCAGGUCACAAGCUUUAGAGAGGGAACUCUCAAUUUGUAAUAGCUCUGACAGUAAGGAUCAACCGCAAAAAAACUUGAUUGUGGAUUUGAGACCCAUAACAAAUGCCAUGGCGCAGCACGCUUUGGGAGCUGGCACUGAGAUUGUGGAUAACUACCGGGGUAGACUUUUUGUGGAGAAGACUACCACAAAACCUCUCACUAGCGAUUUUAACGGUGCUCAGAAUGUGGAAAAAAUAUUCUGCAAUAUUGACAAUAUUCACGUAAUGCGUGAUUCUUUAGACAAACUCACUCAAAUUCUUAGUGACCUUGACAAAAAGCCUAUUUCUGGUAUUGAUGAUAGAAGUCCCGCGAGCCCUUCAUUACAGCAGUCUUUAACAAAAACACAAUGGCUUCAUCAUCUAUUCCUUAUUCUUCAGGCAGUUGACCGAAUUAUAAAGUCUGUGCAUUUGAAUAACACGAAUGUUUUGAUACACUGUUCCGAUGGUUGGGACCGAACCUCUCAAGCUUCAGCAUUGGCUCAACUUUGCCUCGAUCCAUAUUUCAGAACGUAUGAAGGAUUCAUGGUGCUUAUUGAAAAGGAAUGGCUCAGUUUUGGAUUUAAAUUCGCCACAAGAAGUGAUCAAGGAGGAUGCAUCGGCUCUCGCUUGCCUAAAUCCACCAAAGAUUUCAAAGGACCUAAACCACCGGCAUCAUCUUCACAAAAUGGAGACAAGAGCGAAAAUACACCCACCCUAGAGGGCUUGAGCGCCAUAAAUGACACUGAUGGCUAUGUAUCGUUGGAUACACCCGCGACGAAGUUCAUUUCAUCUAUAUUCCAACGAGCAGCAAGUCACAUAAAAAGUUCUGCAUCUGGAACAAAUACGGGAAUGGGAACAGAGAACAGAGUCAAGAAGUGCCUGUCGAUAUAUGGCGGCAGCAAUGAGCGGUCUCCAGUUUUUCAUCAGUUUCUUGACUGUGUGUAUCAGAUCUUUCGACAACAACCUUCGAUGUUCGAAUUCAACAGCAGGUUUUUGAAAAGACUUUUGUACCAUUCUUACUCUUGUCAAUAUGGCACAUUUUUGUGUGAUUCAGAGAAAGAUAAAAAAAAUAAUGAAGAUUUGGACGCUCAAACCACUUCAGUAUGGGCAUAUUUCUUGUCUCGUCGUAAAGAAUUCACAAAUCAUCUUUACAUCAAGUCGAAGAAUACAGACGUUAUUUUCUUCAAUUUUUCUGAAGUUAAGUGGUGGUGUGAACUAUAUGGUCGAUCAGAAGAAGAAAUGAACGGCUUGUCAAAUUCGCUCGAGAAAAAGUUUGCUGAGCUAAAAAUGAAGAAAAAUGGAGGCGAGAACUCUCCCGAAUACACCUCAGAAGAAACAAAUACGAGGUCCGCUUCUCUCGGUCAUCCAUAAUAGGGUUAGAUCAAAAUAUUUUUGAAAUAUUUCAAUGAAAAGUUAAAAGAAAUUGCCGAACAUUAUAUGUUUGUGCAUCAAUUCAUCAACACAAAAGGUUUCCUGUUGACAACAGAACAUAUGCAAAAAAAAAAAAACAUAUGAACAAAAUAAAGGAGGAGUCUCAAGACCAUAUAUUUGGUUCAGAAAGAUCCACUUUGGGUAAUAGAUAUGUAUAUGGUUUUAUGGUUUUCAUGAUGCGUUUUGUUUCGAAUUUCAACAUGUAAGAUUUGCACCCACACUGAUAUACGUAAAAACUCACAUGUCGCUUUACACACUGAUAAGAUACAAGUUUUAAAUGAAGGCAAAUUUUGAUAGAAA